AUGGCUACCAUCAAUAAGGUGCGCACAUCAAAGCUGUCGUAUUUCUUCGGUGAAAAGGCAGCGACGGACGUACUCUGCUUCACCAAGAUAAUUCCUAGAGGAUCUUACCUGCCACAAGAUAUUACCUACUACAUACAAGAUAUUACCGGUGGAGCUAUCAAAUCGAAUAUGGUCAAUCUGAGGAUCGAUGGAAGGACCCCUCUGCGAUAUAAUAUUUUGGUGAAAUAUUAUUGCUCCCUUUAA